GUGGCUCAUUCUUACUCGACACACUUCAACAAUCCUUUAAUCUCUAGACAGAAAGAUUUAGUCAAUACUCAUAACUUCCUACACUCCUCAAACAAAACUCUUCAAAUUUCGCUCCAAUCUCACUCUGUACUUCAAAAUAUAUUUCAGAGACUCGGACAAUAUUUCUCUUUUCUAUAUUUCAUCCCUCUUAACAACUCUAAAUUUAAACUCAAUAAUUUUAAAUUUUUACAAGGGUUGAUAAAAAGUGUUCGAAGAAAUCAGUGUUUGCUGGACACAGAAUUAGGUUGAGGGAUAUAAAUGGAGAAAGCAGCUGAAACUGUUUUUCAUGGAUCCAAACACUCCAAUUUGAACAAGUCUUUUGGGCAAUGUUUGCGUUUCUUGCUUACCGCAUUUCCUUUUGAGGACUUCUCUAAAGCAUUUCCAAGGUUUACGGGUGCUGAGCAGCAGCGGCUUUACCAGCUAUAUGUUCAGGUCAUUACGUCAUUACAUGAAAAUUUGCAGGAUGAAUUUGAGUCAAUAUGCCAUGAGACACAGGUGGGUACCAUUUUGGACACCGUUGAGCACUUCGUGGAGCAGCAAAGUUUGGACCCCUUAUGCUCACAAAAAACAAAUCUAGCUCAACUUAAGCAUGAUCUGUUGGCUUCAAAGAAGAAUGAAGUUCGGUCAUUGGAGGAAAUUCUGGAUAAGGUUGAAGAUCAGAAACAUAGCAUUAAAGCUCGGAUCAAAGUUCUCAAGAAGAAAAAUGAAGAUCCAUCUGUCACUGCCGAGGCUGCAGAAAAGUUGAGGUGUGCUAUUGCAAACUUCGGAAGCUACAGUGACGAAGUGGUUUAACAUCUGUAGUGGCUUAGAUACAAAGAGAGCUUAUGGAUUAUGUCACUGGCAUGUCGAAUGGUGCCUUAUACGGGACAUAUGUAUUACUUAGUAUGUUAGUAUGAAUCUGUAAUAAAUUAGAAUCUUGCCAGACUAAAUUAAGGGAAGAAGACGAUUUUCAUUCCUAUAAAUAUUACUUGAAAACGUAAAUACAUAUAUCUAGUAUCCUUGUGACUUGACACACUCCCAACCUAACACAAAAUGGAACUUUUAAUAAUUUUCCUUAGUGAUAUGCCAUGUUCAUAUGGCAUGUUUCAGUACUUAA